AUCAAAACAGAACGUCAAAGCGCUUCGCAGGAAUAGGUCGUGAAAGUUCUAUAGUCAGUAGUUCGGUCAAGAUGGAUUCGUUCGUUUGUAAGCUCAUUGUACUUGAAAACAAGAACCUGAGGGUGCUGAAACCAAAGAAAAUCGAUAACACAGACAACUUGCCGAGGCCUUCGAGGGAGACUACCCUGAAAAAGUGUCUUUUCGGGGUUUCCUCACCUGCUGAUACAGAAAAAAUGGUGCAGGAACAGUAUGAGAAAGACAGAAGACGGUUCAGCGAAAGGUUUGGGAUUGAUUUGGACGAGUUGGAAAACUUGGAAAGGGAUAGUAACAACGAAAAUGAUAGCGGAAAUGCUGCUCCGAAAGAGAGGAGUUGUGGAAAAAGUAGGAGAAGGAUUUUGAAGGGGAAGAGGAAAACGUUCGAUGAGAGGGGUCAGCUUGCAAUGACAGAUUUCUACCAGUCUAGAAAAUCAUUGCAACCAUCAACUGAUAAGGCGAAAGACUCGAAAGAAAAUUAAUUUAAAAAAAAUUAUGUAAAUAUUUUAUUUGAAGACUGUAAAUUGUAUUAUUCUAUACAGCGUAUGGCCCAAAGGUAUCCUUAUUUUUAGGUAAUAUAACGCUUAUCGAUUGAGUCCACAUCAUAGAGUUGGACUUAUCGAAAACUCCAAAUUUCACAAUUGAAAGGUAGCAAGUUUCUUUUAAAGUUUUUUUUCUACUCGUUGAUGUUGAUUUAAUUAAUUUUUGAUAUAUUCACUCGGUGAGAUGGAUUCAGUCAAUGAAAUUUAUAACAAUUUGUUGAAACUUUUUAGUCUAGUCUCUUGAUGUAUAUUUUUGUACAUUGUCCCUUCACCUUUAUGUAUAUAGCUCAAAAUAAAAUUUAUUUAUUUCCUGA